AUGGGCACCCACACCCCAAAUGCCUCCCCUGAAGGUGCUCCGGCUGAUCACCUGGACUCUGUCAUCCCAUCGGACGACACUCCAUGGUGGAAGAAGAAGCACCUUCUGCGUCUCAAUCUCAUCAUCCUGUCCCUGGUGAUGUACUCAUCUGCCAACGGGUUUGAUGGCUCAUUGAUGAAUGGACUUGAGGCAUUGGAUCAAUGGAAAGACUUUAUGGAGCAUCCUACCGGCGCUUGGCUCGGCUGGAUCAACGCAAUCUAUUGGCUUGGAACUGGUGUUGGAUACCCAAGUGCUUCCUGGAUCGCCAAUCGAUACGGACGCAAGCCAGGAGUAUACGUGGGAUACAUCUUCUUGAUUCUCGGCAGCGUCCUGCAAGCAGCCGCGCCCAAUGACAAAGCCUUCCUUAUGGCUCGCUUCUUCUUGGGAAUUGCCUCUGCUCUAUUUGGAAACGCCGUUCCUCUCCUGAUCAAUGAGAUUGCCUACCCGACUCACCGCGGCAUCCUCAAUUCCCUAUUCAUGUCCGGUUGGUAUGUUGGUGGAACAGUCGCCGCCUGGGUGGUCUUUGCUUCGCGCACAUACUCAUCAGAGUGGUCUUGGCGACUCCCCUCGCUACUGCAGGCACUCGUGCCUCUGGUUGCUUUGCCGGGAUUCCUCCUCGCCCCGGAGAGUCCGCGAUGGUUGGUCUCGGUAGACCGAGAGGAGGAAGCGCGUGCAAUCCUCGCAAAGCAUCAUGCUGCAGGUGACGCUUCCUCGCCUCUGGUGGCUUACGAAUACCAGCAGAUUGUCACUACCAUUCGUGCAGAACAGGCGGCGAGCAGUGACGGUUCCUAUGCGGAGAUGUUCAAGACUCCUGGCAACCGUCGUCGCCUGAUGAUCUCCAUUACCUUGGGAAUGUUCUCCCAAUGGGUUGGAAAUGGUGUGAUCUCAUACUACCUAUCUCUCAUCUUGACCUCAAUCGGGGUCACCAAAGUCCGAGACCAGACUCUCAUUUCUGCUUGCUUGCAGAUGUGGGAUCUAAUGUUUGCUGCCCUUGGCGCGGUUCUGAUUGAUAAACUUGGACGCCGCCCCCUAUUCCUAGCUUCGGCUGCCAUCAUGUUGGUGAGCUAUGUUUUGGUCACAGCCCUCUCGGGAAGUUUCGCAACAACGGGUGACACUGCCACAGGCGGGGCUGUCAUCCCCUUCCUUUUCAUUUUCUUCGCAGGAUAUUGCGUUGCUCUGACGCCCUUCCUUACCUCCUACCCUUGCGAAAUCUGGCCAUACCGCCUGCGAUCCCGAGGCCUGACCGUCACUUGGCUCGCCGCUAUUGUUGGCAUGUUCUUCAACACAUUCGUCAACCCGAUUGCACUAAAUGCGAUUGUUUGGAAAUAUUAUAUUGUGUUCAUUGUUGUGUUGGUGAUGUUUGGCGUUACUGCAUACUUCUUCUACCCUGAAACCAAGGGCUACUCGCUCGAGGAAAUCUCCCUGAUCUUCGACGGCCCAGAUUCAUUGGUGGGAGGAAGUGCAGGCCUCAAGAUACCCAUGGAAGCUGAUGAAGAGGCAAAGCCUAAACUUUCGGCCAUUCACAAUGAGGUAGCUUGA